AAGGGAGGUAACUCUUGUAAAGAUAAAUAAAACUUCAAUUGCGUCCUUAAGUUUUUGCUUCGACGGGAAAUCAGUGGAUAACGACUCUCGAUAUUUGCUCACACCAUAAUACAUCAUACCAUGGCGAGUGCAAGUGGUGAGAUCUCUAGUGGCAAACUAACGGAUCUCAGGGUUGUGGAUCUUCGCAGUGAACUGGAGAAACGAGGUCUGGACAAGACUGGAGUAAAGGCCGUGUUGUUGGAACGUUUAGAAAAGGCUCUGAAAUGUGAAGAAGAAAGUCGUAAAAAUACCAAAGGAAGUGAAGAGAAAUCAGAUGUAGCUGCCUUGGUGAAAAUUGACACUCACUCUGAAGAGAAAAAUCUGGAAGAAAAUCAAUCUACUGAAGAUAUUAAAAAUGAGCAUACUACAGACAACAUGGAUGAGAAAGAAUCGGAGACGUCUAACGUGGCAUUAACAGAUGUCUUCUUAAACACCUCCAAUUCAAAUGGUUACUCUUUGCUCUCUGACAAAACUUCUGUGGAAGACCUUACAGAGGAUCGACUGCUUUCGAGUGACACCAAACCAUCAGAUAUGUUGACAGAUAACACCUUAGAUAAAGACCAGUUUAAAGAGGAACUACCUAUCUCUUUAGAUACGGACAAAGACACUGGAACUGUUCUACAGGAACAAUCUGAUGAUGCAUUAAAGGAUACCACAGUUCUUUGGUUUCUAAGCCCAAAGCUCCCAAAAAAGGAAACAACCAAGCCAAUCGGAAUUUGUGGGUCAGUGGUUUUUCUGCAAAUAUCUCUGAUAAAUUCCUAAUCGCAAUUUUUAGCAAAUAUGGCAAGGUGGCGGAUUGCCAAAUGAUUACACGAUCACGGAAAUCUGGUACUCGAUGUCAUGCUUUUAUAACUAUGUCUACUGAGGCCGAAGCUUUGCAAUGUAUAAUGUGGUUGAAUAAAUCUUAUGUGAAUGAUAUGAAAUUAACAGUUGAAAGG